GGACGGGCCCGGCAGCCGCUCUGGGGCGAUGCUCUGACAGACGGAGCCGUGUAGAUAAAAAGUGUGUGAUGGACACGCGAGUCCUGUCCCCUCUCGGCCCGCAGGGACGCAGGUGGUGCUGCUGCGGGUUUCUCCCGGUCUUCCUUGGCGACACAACUGGGAAUAGGGGGGAAUUGUUGUGAGCAGCUCCUGAGAGAAUUUUGGUUAAUUAGUGUUCGUGUCUAAUGGCUUUUAGUUAACCUUCUCUUAGUUUAAAUACCUUUUUGCUGAGAAGGCUUAAUCAGGACAAACGAGCAAGUCUUGCUCCCUCAGGAUGGUGAGGCUUGUGCCUGUGGCGUGGAAAGAAUUUAUUCGGAAGAGAGGAGAAAAUGGUGAGGGCUUCUCUUCCACUUUUGCAGCCUGAACCCAGAAAGUAGAAGGCUUAAGAAACAGCUUUUCUGACACUGUUACUUGAACUGGCUUCAGAUUGCAGAACUUCAUGUGGUUUAGUCGUGCACAGCACCACUUUCUGAAUUACUGUCUAGUCACAGCGAUUAACUGUAACUUUUGCCUGAAAGGCUCCUUCCUUGGGGUGGUUGAGAGGUCUCAGGUGCUGCAGUUAUACACAUGCAGUAUUUCUUCCUAAUUUCCUCAUGCAGUAUACUGCCUCUCUUCUCUGGGCAUGCUCUUUGAGGUCUCCAGCACUGUGUGGCUUUGUCCAGUUCUUGGAAGUCUUUUUGCUUGUCUCAUCCGUAGCACGUGUUGUUAAUGUCUUAUCCCUGGAUAGUUGCUUCCUUGAAACUUCAGCACUAACUAACUACACGACUGACUCAUGGUGCUUGUGAGCACUUGGACACCCAUCCAACUGAAGCCUGCUUGGAAACUGGAGCUACCCAAGGUCCCAGCCAUAGAGAACUUGCUCCUUUGGAGGAUGGUUUAUUCCAUGGUGGAGCAAAUGUUUAUCAGAUUUGAAAGAAAUCUCAGUGCUGACAACUGGAGUACACAGAGUGAGGAUUCAAAGCGAGCAAGCGUUAAAACUUUGGAAUUACUUGUGACAUCUGAAGCGCCAGAUUUCUUCCCACUGGACAAGCCAUUCGUGAAGUCACCCUGCAUUAAAGAUGCUUCCUGAAGGAGCUGGAUGAAUUAUGCAGUGAGAAAAGGAAUUCCAGAAUCUAAGGUCAGCAGAGAAGGCCAGUGAGGACAAGCUACCAUGGAUGAUGAGCUGGCCCUGCAAGAUGCUGUCAAGAUAGACUCCAGUGCACUCAAUUAGGAAGAAAAUGAUGUCAACUGAGAUUCUUCUCUGCCUGGUCACAGUUAUUUUGAAGCUGCAAAAGAGGACUGUUGCAGGGAUCUUUGUUUGCUGGCGAAAGGCAGUAAUUAUGGUGAUGAGGUACAAGAAAAGGGAGGAAGAAAGAAUAAUAACAGGUGUCUGAAAUUGUACUUGCAAGGAUGGACAGAAGGUGAGAUGCUGGGAGAUGCUGAAGAUGAAGGAUUCAAGACAUUUGAAACACCAGAGGUCUCGGGUACCUGGAGACAGAGAUACACAGCUUUUAGUGCACCUUGGAAAACAGACUCAGGAGUGACACCUGCCAUGGGAUGCCUCUUCCAGCACUGGUAUUCCUCUGCUGGUGAAUUUACACACUGUACUCUGGUCAUAACCUUUUGGAUAGUUUUUCUUGAGCACCAUUCCUUAUGGCUUCAUCUCUCUGGUAUAACUUGUUCAUGGAGUCAGAAUUUCUGUGUAUGAUGCACUUGAUCACUGAUCCAUUGGUUUUUGCAGUAGGGAAGCAUGUCAUCCCUACUGAUGGAUACCUUAAACCAUUUGAUGAUGGAGAAAAACAAAGGAAUGUUCUGCUCUUUGCAUCCCUCCAGUUGUUUUGAAUCAUUUGAGCAGUUAACCAGGGGUACUUCUGGAAUUUGUUGUGGUCAGAAUGAUUGGACUGGUGUGGCUUGGCAGCUGAAGGGAUUUGCUUCCUCGGUUAAAGAAACUGUUGCAGACAGUGUGCUUCCAGGGACUCCAUGUGUCGUCUGGUCAGUCUUCUGGAUCUUUCAUGGAGCAAAAGACAUGGGAAAAGCUGCUUCAGUCGCUGCAGAGUUCUCAGGAGGCUGUUGCUGGCAAAAAUAUUUUAACCUGAUGUUUAAUUACCUGGCUCUUCAAAUUGGUGACAAACCAGUUGCCAUUUGCUACUCAGAAUGGCACUUCCUACUCUUAGCAUUGCUUCACACAAGAUGUAGAGCUUUCUUAAUUUCUAAUCACUUUGGGUCCUCUGUUCUUCUGAUGGCUGUGGAGGAUAAAACUAAGAACCUCCUACAGUUCAAGUCUUUACUGCAUUAUUUUUUUCACCUGCCCAGUGGAGCAGUGUAAAACUGCUGCCCUUCUGAGACAUCAGCUGAAGCGCUAGCAAAAAUCUGAGUCCUGCAUCCUUGGUGAAUUGUUUCUGAAGAGUGCAUCCAAGACAUUUAUAUUUGAUUUAAUUUACUUUAUUUUUAAUUGAUUGAGGUUCAGGUGCAAGUCCAUCCUAAACUUUCCUCUACUGAAGAUGCAUUGCAGUAUGUGGAGGAGUUAAUUCUUCAGUUGUUAAAUAUGUUGUGUCAAGCUCAACCAAGAAGUUUUCUGGAUGUAGAGGAUCGUGUUCAAAAAAGUUUCCCCCAUCCUAUUGAUAAGUGGGCAAUAGCUGAUGCCCAGUCUGCUAUUGAGAAGAGGAAACGAAGGAAUCCGUUAUCUCUUCCAGUAGAAAAAAUCCAUCCCUUGUUAAAGGAAGUUCUAGGCUACAAAAUUGACCACCAAGUGUCUGUUUACAUAGUAGCAGUAUUAGAAUACAUUUCUGCAGACAUUUUAAAACUGGUUGGGAAUUAUGUGCGGAAUAUAAGACAUUAUGAGAUUACAAAACAAGAUAUUAAAGUAGCAAUGUGUGCUGAUAAGGUAUUAAUGGAUAUGUUCCAUCAAGAUGUAGAAGAUUUAAGUGCACUAACUUUAUCUGAUGAAGAACCCUCCACCUCAGGGGAGCAAACCUAUUAUGACCUAGUGAAGUCAUUUAUGGCAGAAGUUCGACAAUAUAUAAGGGAACUGAAUCUCAUUAUCAGAGUUUUUAGAGAGCCAUAUGCCUCCAACUCCAAAUUGUUUUCAUCUCAUGAUGUAGAAAAUAUAUUUAGUCGUAUAUCAGACAUCCAUGAACUUAGUGUGAAGUUACUGGGUCAUAUAGAGGACACUGUUGAAAUGACAGAUGAAGGUAGUCCUCACCCACUAGUAGGCAGCUGUUUUGAAGAUAUGGCAGAGGAACUAGCAUUUGAUCCAUACGAAUCAUAUGCACAAGAUAUUUUGCGACCUGGGUUUCAUGAUCAUUUUCUAAGUCAAUUAUCAAAGCCAGGAGCAGCAUUUUAUUUACAGUCAAUAGGUGAAGGCUUCAAAGAAGCUGUUCAGUAUGUUCUACCCCGGCUCCUCCUCGCCCCUGUUUACCACUGUCUUCAUUAUUUUGAACUGCUAAAACAAUUGGAAGAAAAAAGUGAGGAUGAAGAGGAUAAGGAGUGCUUGAAGCAAGCAAUAACUGCCCUGCUAAAUCUUCAAAGCAGUAUGGAACGGAUAUGCUCCAAAAGCCUUGCAAAACGAAGGCUUAGUGAAUCCGCAUGCCGGUUCUAUACUCAGCAGAUGAAGGGGAAGCAGCUAGCAAUUAAGAAAAUGAAUGAAAUCCAGAAAAACAUUGAUGGUUGGGAGGGUAAAGACAUUGGACAGUGCUGUAACGAGUUCAUCAUGGAAGGAACACUCACACGUGUAGGAGCAAAGCACGAGAGACACAUAUUCCUGUUUGAUGGCUUGAUGAUUUGCUGUAAGUCAAAUCAUGGCCAGCCAAGACUUCCUGGUGCUAGCAAUGCAGAAUAUCGACUCAAGGAGAAGUUCUUCAUGCGAAAGGUACAAAUCAAUGAUAAAGAUGACACUAAUGAGUAUAGACAUGCUUUUGAAAUCAUCUUAAAAGAUGAGAACAGUGUUAUUUUUGCUGCUAAAUCAGCUGAAGAGAAAAACAACUGGAUGGCAGCAUUGAUAUCUUUGCAAUAUAGAAGCACGCUGGAAAGGAUGUUGGAUGUAACAAUGUUGCAGGAAGAAAAAGAGGAGCAGAUGAGAUUUCCAAAUCCUGAGCUUUACAGAUUUGCAGAACCCGACUCUGAAGAGAAUAUUGUGUUUGAAGAAAACAUGCAGCCCAAAUCUGGAAUCCCCAUCAUCAAGGCAGGAACUGUUGUGAAGCUCAUCGAGAGGCUGACUUACCACAUGUAUGCAGAUCCCAACUUUGUUCGGACUUUUCUCACAACAUAUAGAUCCUUCUGUAGACCUCAAGAGUUGCUGAGUUUGCUAAUAGAAAGAUUUGAAAUUCCAGAGCCUGAGCCAACGGAAGCCGACCGUAUUGCCAUGGAGAACGGAGACCAACCCCUUAGUGCAGAGCUGAAGAGAUUUAGGAAAGAGUACAUUCAACCUGUGCAGCUACGAGUAUUAAAUGUGUGUCGACACUGGGUAGAGCACCAUUUCUAUGACUUUGAAAGAGAUGCUGACCUUCUGAAACGUUUGGAGGAGUUCAUUGGAACAGUAAGAGGCAAAGCCAUGAAGAAGUGGGUUGAAUCCAUCACAAAGAUAAUCAACAGGAAAAAGCAGGCACAAGCCAUUGGGCCAAGCCACAACAUCACUUUUGAGAGCCCCCCUCCAGCAAUUGAGUGGCACAUAAGCAAACCAGGCCACACAGAGACUUUUGACUUGCUCACUUUGCAUCCCAUAGAAAUCGCUCGGCAGCUCACUUUACUGGAGUCGGAUUUUUACAGAGCUGUGCAGCCAUCAGAACUAGUUGGAAGUGUGUGGACGAAGGAAGAUAAAGAAAUUAAUUCUCCCAACCUUCUGAAAAUGAUAAGGCAUACAACUAACCUAACUCUGUGGUUUGAAAAAUGCAUUGUAGAAACAGAAAACCUAGAGGAGAGAGUAAUUGUAGUGAGCCGGAUAAUUGAGAUCCUGCAAGUUUUUCAAGAGCUAAACAACUUUAAUGGUGUCCUUGAGAUUGUCAGUGCUAUGAACUCCGCAGCAGUUUAUAGGUUGGAUCACACAUUUGAGCAAAUUCCAAGUCGCCAGAAGAAGAUCUUAGAAGAAGCUUAUGAGCUGAGUGAGGACCAUUAUAAGAAAUACUUGGCAAAACUCAGGUCCAUUAAUCCUCCUUGUGUGCCUUUUUUUGGGAUUUACUUAACCAACAUCUUGAAAACAGAAGAAGGCAAUCCUGAAUUUCUCAAACGACAUGGGAAAGACCUUAUAAACUUCAGCAAGAGAAGGAAGGUAGCUGAGAUAACAGGGGAGAUCCAGCAGUACCAGAACCAGCCAUAUUGUUUAAGAGUGGAAUUUGACAUCAGGAGAUUUUUUGAAAACCUGAAUCCUAUGGGAAACAGUGUGGAGACAGAAUUUACAGAUUAUCUGUUCAACAAGUCACUGGAGAUAGAGCCACGAAAUGUCAAGCCUCCUCCAAGAUUUCCCAAGAAGUACAGCUACCCUCUCAAGUCCCCGGGUGUUCGUCCCUCUAAUCCAAGGCCAGGUACCAUGAGACAUCCCACACCCCUGCAGCAGGAGCCAAGGAAAAUCAGCUACAGCCGCAUCCCAGAGAGCGAGACGGAAGCCACAGCAUCUGCCCCGAACUCCCCCCGGACCCCGCUGACCCCACCCCCUGCUUCUGCCACUUCCAGCACCACAGACGCCUGCAGCGUGUUCGACUCAGACCCCUCCAGUCCUUUUCAUACAAGAUCUGCCUCUGUGUCAUCCAUAAACUUUACCAAAACUUCAGAUGAUGCUCCUGUCCCUCCUCCUGUUCCUCCACGAAGAAGACCAGAAUCUGCCCCAGCUGAAUCCUCCCCAUCAAAAAUUACUUCUGCACACCUGGACAACCCACCAGCAAUCCCUCCUAGGCAACCAACCUCUAAAGUGUAUUCUCCAAGGUACUCGGUGCCUGAUCGGACCUGCAUCUCUGACUCCUGUGUUACCACUGCAAACCCUCCCGAGUUACCGCCACGGGAACCUGUGCGAACUCCAGAUGUUUUCUCUAGCUCACCACUACACCUCCAGCCUCCACCCCUGGGGAGAAAAAGCGAACUUGGUAACACCUUUUUCCCCAACAGCCCCUCUCCGUUCACGCCCCCUCCCCCCCAGACACCUUCUCCACAUGUAGCACGGAGGCAUCUGCCGUCGCCGCCUUUGAUACCGCAGGAUGCCGACCUCCCUUCUGUUGCUGGACCACCCGUUCCUCCACGACAAAGCACUUCUCAACAUAUCCCAAAGCUUCCUCCAAAAACUUACAAAAGGGAGCACACACACCCAUCGAUGCAUCGGGAUGGGCCACCCUUGCUGGAGAAUGCCCCCUCCUCCUGAACUGUCCCUCGCGCUGGGAGUCGCAUUUUCCUGGUGCUAUGUCUGUUGCUGGCAAUGGAUGCACUGAACCUGGUGGUGUCAAGGAGUUGGGAUGUGUAUGCCAAACACUAAGAACUCUCCAAUGCGUUGGAAACCUAGUGUACAGGAAUGGAAUUGCAAGAAGAGACUUUCUAGUGGAAAACCCGGUUAACUUGCUAUUCUUGUUUUAGUAUGCAGGACAUUGUUCUAAAGUAAUUGGACAGCUGAUUGUACCAGAAAACAGUCUGGAGAGACUUCUUUGGCCAAUGAGCAGAGACUGUGUUUGUGUAAUGAUCAAUAAUGUCCAGUACAGGAAGGAAAAACAGUCUUGUAUCCAUCAGAUCCAUACAGUGGCACAGUUUUUGGAAUGAAAACAUUAUGCACUUUUUUUAAAUCUCAGACAGGGAACUUUAUAUCCUUCUUAAUUUUCCUUUGCUUUACUUACUCCCUGCUUUAAAAUACCUUCCUAAAAUUAUGAGAAGGACUGUGAGGAAGAUCUGUGGUACCUAACUGAGCUAGAAUUAAGGCAAAGCACUGUAUUGCGGUCCUGUUUACAAGUUGUUACAAUGAGUAGUAGGGGGUACCUAGGCUUCACCAAAGAGGUACUUUAUUAUUAUUUUCUGAAAUACUGUGGUGCCAGUUCAAAAAUAAAUUUUUGCCAGGAAGCAUAAUGUCUAAUUAUUGCUUUCUUUAGAUAGAGCUGAUGAAAGUCUUACAUCAUUAAGGUGACAGCGAAUUUUUUUUUUUUAAAAGCAGCACUAUCAUCUGAAGCAAAUAUACUACAUUUAGAAGACUGUUAAUCUCUGCUAGGUUAUGUCAUGUUCUUUUUAAGGUUUACUGAUAAUCCAUUUCAUGGCUAGUAGCUAUUAUUUUUCAGUCAUGCCAUGAAAACAGUCACUUGUCAACUUCCAUAGCUAUUGUCAUGUUUUACUAACAAUAGAUUAAUCAGCAUACAUAGGAUUGCCUUGCAGUUGCAUAAAUCGUGUGUAUAUAGUGAAUGUUGCAUAAAUAUACUUGCAGAUUGUUUUUAAUUUAAUUGAAAUAAAGAUAAAGAUAUGUUUGGCUGA